UGCGCGCAUGCUCAGUAUCAACAGCUUUUCAGGUCUCACACUUCAGUGUACUGUUGGAGUAACUACAGUAGAGCGCUGCUUAGAAGAGGUAGGGUUAUAUACAUGUUAUAUACUUUGGGAUAUUGGCCGUUUCGAUUCAAAGUUAUUCUCGAGUACGUUUGAAAGAGAGUAAUUUAUGGAUAUUUACUGACUCGUGACGCAAACUGAUUUAAACGAUUCAGUCCGAUUUGGUGUACUGGUUCGACCUGUAAAAGAACCGGUUCAAAGAAACGAUUCUUUCACGAAACGGACAUCACAUAAUAUACAGGAGCUGCUCGUGUCGCUAGGCUUAAAUUCUGGAUUUACAGAGGACGGGAUGAAACAACCAUCACAUUUUGCACAUAAAUGCUGAUGCUCCAUACUCUAACAUCCAGCAUUUAAAAACUCCGGACUGUUUAAAGCUAUGGACCCUGUAACGAGAUGGACACCAAAGCAGGUUGUUGACUGGAUGAAAGGUCUGGACGAAAGCCUUCAACAGUAUGUGCACAACUUUGAAAGGGAGAAGAUUAAUGGAGAACAGCUACUGAAGAUCUCUCAUCAGGACCUCGAGGAACUUGGCGUGACUCGCAUUGGCCAUCAGGAGCUGGUUUUGGAGGCUGUAGAUCUGCUCUGUGCUCUGAACUAUGGAGUGGAGACAGAUAACUUGAAGAACCUGGUGGUGAAGAUGAGAAAUGUGACCAAAAGCCUUCACACGUCAACGUCAGAACGCAGGAAGAGUCCUGCAUGUGACAGCAGCACAUCCAGCAAGAUCCCAAACGAAUUCCUGUCAUCUGUCGUGGAGCUCAUCGGAUCAGCCAAAAGUCUCUUGGCAUGGCUGGAUAGAACUCCAUUGACCGGUAUCAGUGACUUCACAUCCACCAAAAACAAAAUCAUUCAGUUGUGUCUGGAAUUGACCACUACAGUUCAGCAGGACAACACGGUCUAUGACAUAGAAGAGAAGAUUUUGGGUAUUUCGACGGUGCUGAACAGUAUUUGUGACCAGACGGUGAGAACCACCUCUGAUCCUCUUAUGAGCCAGUCCGCAUGUCUGGAAGAAGUUCAGCUGACCAACAUCAAACCAGGAGAGGGAUUGGGCAUGUACAUCAAAUCCACCUACGAUGGGCUUCACAUCAUCACUGGCACCACUGAGAAUUCCCCAGCAGAUAUGACACACAAAAUCCACGCUGGAGAUGAAGUCAUCCAGGUCAACCAGCAGACAGUAGUGGGUUGGCAGCUGAAGAACCUGGUGUCCAAGCUGAGAGAAGAUCCUAAAUGUGUGGUGCUUCUUUUAAAAAAACGACCAACAGGAACCUCGGGAUUCACCCCAGCCCCCCUGAAAAACAUGCGUUGGAAACCACCCGUGCCUCAGAGCUCCAGUUCUCCGAAUAAAACCCAAUCACCGGGUGACUCCGCCAAACUCAACGGCAAAAAAGAAAAGCCAGCAAUACUGGACCUGUAUAUACCUCCACCUCCAUCAGUGCCUUACACACCACGGGAGGUAAGGAAUGGAUCUUACACCAGCGUCAAUCCCAGACCUAAAGGCUCAGAGUCUCCAAACUCCUUCCUGGACCUGGAGGGUCACCGGCGCUUCACCGUUUCAGAAUACGACAAACUCUCUGUUCAUCCUGUUGAGGUCAACGUACAGAUGCGUACAAGAGGAAAAGCUCCUUCACAUGGUAAACCACGACCCCUGUCUAUGCCAACAGAUACAUGUUUGAAUGUGGCAGACCUGUAUGCCAGGCCCUGGGCACAGGGACGCAAAGGUGAGGAUUUGCUAUAUAGAUACCUAAGCAACGAACGUAUACCAACUAUCACUGAAGAAUCUCCGGGGCCUGGAUCAUCGUAUAAAUCUAUAGCAGAGACACCCGCACGCGGGGUCGACCGCAGACAGAAUCACAGAUUCAUCUUUAGUACAGACCUACACAACAGUGCCACCAUCCCUUAUCACGAGGACUUAAUGAAAAAGACCCCCAUGACAUCAUCACCCAAACGCCCCUCUGCGGAGCCUUCACUACUGGUCAGUUGGAUCACAAGACUUAAGCUUUUGACUCACUAACGCGUCAGCUUGCCGUCUGCCCCGGGUUCCCUGUCUGUCACCUCGGUGCCUUUGUCCAGCUCUGUUUCUCACGUCCAUCUCGCUUUCACUGUCUUUCUCUUGGGAUUUUUCUUUGUGCCUCUUAUUUACCCAUAAUGCCGCUGGACUAGAUUGCCUUAACGCAAUUACUCGACCUCAAUGAAUGUUUGGAAACACAUUUUUGGGGAAUUAGUUGUUGUAUUUUCAAAACCACAUCAGAAAACAAUAUCAGGUUUGAAAUCCUAAGCUACAGUAUUGAUUUGUAUAUAAAGUCUUUAAAAUCUACCUCUGCAUAGUUUAUGCAAAUCCAAAACACAACUGAGAAGUCAUUUGAGUAUUUAAUAACUAAACCCAAUGUUUUUCCAAACGGUUAAGUCCCUUUCAUUUCUUAUCUAACAAAUUACAGAGAAACAAAUCAUGUUGUUUCUCAACUUGUCGCUUUUGUAGAUGCAUAACUUGCAAUAGAUUUCAGGAUUGGAAACUGUGAGUUUGAAUAUUUUGUUUUCUUUAUGUAUUACAAGAAAGUUGUGUAAGUUAUUUUAAUCUUUUUGUGGUAUUGUGCAUUGCUUUAUUCGGUACAUAACAUGGGCAAUUUAACAAGCCUGAUAUUUUCCUGGAUGCUUAUUACAUGUUGAAAGCCGUGGUUUUUGGGAAUGUUAGUAUUUUUCCGCACAUCUUCAUUAAAGGGUUAGUUCACCCAAAAUUGAAUGUCAUCAUUUACAUUUAGUUCCAAACCUGUAUUUUUACUUAUGUGGAAGUGGGACACUAAGCAUCCACAAAACUAUAUUUUAUAGAUCAUCUGUUGAAUAAAAAAGCUUUCCAUUAAUGUAUGCUUUGUUACGAUAGCACAAUAUAUGGCAACUAUUUGAAAGUCUAGAAUCUGAGGGUGCAAACAUUUUAAAUAUUGAGAAAAUCACCUUCAAUAUUUACUUUACUUCAAUAUUUUGUAUGUGCAUUUUAAUCUAAUCAUGACAUACUGACAAAGCUCUAAGAAUAUGGAUUUCACAUUUUUCCAGAACCGUUUAGCAGUAAUAAUAAUGCAGUGACAGUCAUUUAUUAAUUUGUGACAAGAGCAUGCAGCAAACCGUUGACACCUAGUGGCCGCUGUUGGUAAAACACAAACCAGAUUUUUUUGUGAUUUUAAAGAGCACCUAUUGUCUGGUUCACGAUUUUACAUUUCCUUUUCGUGUGUAAGUGUGUAGUUCAUGUUAAUGAUAUGCAAAAGGUACAAACCCCAAAGUAAACAAUGAUGCUAGUUAUCGUCUCCAACGUAAAUCUUUUUCUUGGACUACAACAAACACACAGAUUGUAGGCAACAGUUUACUUCCUGGGAUUGGUGAUGUAGUAAAGACCGACAUUAUCAUAAUUCCUCCGGCUUGGACUCAUAGUCUUUAAGUUAACUCCUGUUAGCAACCGAAUCUUUCAAACAUGAUAAGGAGCGUCACGUUUUCAUUUAUUCAGGCCAAUCAAAACGUACAGAUUAGCUGGCCAAUCAGGGACACAGAGCUUUUCAAAUCUAUGCGUUUCAGGAAGAGAGUGAAAUCUGGCGCUACAAAAAUGUACGGUUUGUGGAAGUUAAUGUGUUUUUUUAACCAUAAACCACGCAACACAUUGUAUUAAACCAAAUACACGAAAUAAUGUUGUUUGUUAGCAAUGAAAUAGGUGCUCUUUUACUUGAAAUUUGGAGUCUAACUAGUUUAGACUUACUAUUUCUGGCAUGAAACAUUUUAAUUUGUAUAAUUUUAUGUAUAAAAUAUAUACUUUAUUGCAUUAUUUUAUUUAUUAAAAUAAAUAUAAAUUGCUAUUACAAUUUUUUAUUUAAUUCUUUCAACUCCAGACUUUCGUGAAAAAGUGUUUUCUUUAAAACAAGACCAAGAUUAAGGGCCGGGUAUACUUUCUUUCCGCAUCCGUCUCGUGCACGCAAGUGUCCGCGCAGCUUUCAAAGUAUACUCAACCGCGGCUACGUGUGGAUGGCCGUGUUCGACUUGUACGCAAUACAAAUUAUUUUUUAUUUUUUAAUUAU